CUAGUUAGAUGUCUCUGCAUGAACCAACACUUGAUUGUCUGUCCUUAAAAAAAAAAAAGACACUUGAUUAUCUGCAGCAGCACCACCCCAUAAACCCAAAUCCUAAUUUUUUAAAGAAAAAAAGAAAAUCAGAAUGAAACCCAUAAAAUUCCCAUCUUUUUCCACUUCUUCUUGAUUAUCUUCUUGAUUAUUAGUAAUAUCUGAUUUUUUCACUUUUUUCUUCCUGUAAAAAACUCUCACUUUCUUGAGUUUUUAGGCCUCUCUAUUGAAUCAUUCAGCCUCAACCCACAAAAAUGAGAUGGGAAAAGUUGCAGGUAGAAGAAGGUGUUGGACCUGGGAAGAGGUGGGGCCACACCUGCAACGCCAUUAAAGGAGGGAAGCUUCUCUACGUUUUUGGAGGGUAUGGAAAAGAUAACUGUCAGACUAACAAAGUUCAUGUCUUUGACACAGUUUCUAGGACAUGGAAUGAGCCGGCGAUGAAUGGUGUACUACCUGCCCCGAGGGACAGCCACAGUUGUACCACAGUGGGAGAUAACCUUUUUGUAUUUGGGGGGACUGAUGGGAGAAGUCCUCUUGGCGAUUUGCAAAUAUUGGACACCUCAUCAAAUACAUGGAUCUCACCAAGUGUCAGAGGUGAUGGACCGGCACCUAGGGAAGGCCAUAGUGCAGCACUUAUUGGUAAAAGACUCUUCAUCUUUGGUGGAUGUGGCAAAUAUGAUGGUCUUGAAAAGUACUAUGAUGAUGUUUACAUAUUAAAUACAGAGACAUUUUUUUGGAAACGUGUUGAGCCAUCUGGUACUCCACCAAGUAAGCGAGAUAGUCAUACCUGUUCGUCUUGGAAGAAUAAAAUCAUUGUGAUUGGUGGUGAAGACGUUUCUGAUUACUAUCUGUCAGAUGUUCAUAUACUUGAUGCAGAUAGUCUUGUUUGGUGCAAGUUGAACACCACAGGCCAAUUGCUGCCACCUCGGGCUGGACAUACAACUGUUGCCUUGGGCAAGUACUUGUUUGUGUUUGGGGGUUUCUCUGAUGAGCAGAAUCUGUAUGAUGAUGUUUAUGUUCUUGAUAUGGAGAAUGGUGCAUGGACCAAAGUAAUGGCUACUGGUGAGGGUCCUUCUGCCAGAUUUUCCAUGGCUGGGGAAGUUUUGGAUCCAUAUAUGGGAGGUGUGCUUGUAUUCAUGGGUGGUUGCAAUAAGAAUCUUGAAGCUCUGGCAGAUAUGUAUUACUUAUACACAGGGCUGACUAGGGAAUAUGGGCGAGAAGAGAGAAGGCUGGAGAAGCUGUCUAUGAGGAAACAGCUGAAGUUGAGAUGUCAAGAACAAAAUCCUCUUGUAACAGCUGAGGGUAUUGCUGCUACUCACCAGCCUAUGCAUGUCACUAGUUAUGUCCAACCAAACUUACAGAACAUCCAUCAGAACCAAUACCAGACUGCUGGUGGGAAGAAGACAUUUGAAGCCAGGGUUACUAAAAGCUUUGCAGAUGGCUACACAAUUGAAACUUUUAUCGAUGGAAAGCCUCUUCACGGAUUAUUGUUUCGCAAUAAGCCAAUAAAUAGCAUGGAAGUCGAUGAUUCUACUAGGAAAGUAGCAGCUGUGGAAACUGAUGGAGCUACGGUAAAUGGUGAUCAAACCACAUCAAAUAUAACAAGACCCGUAGAGCAUAAAGUCAAAGAUGUUAUACAGGCACAUGGUGUGGUGCAGGAGAAUGCAUGUCCACCUGAGGCUCAGUUGGAAGCUGUUGCAACUGAAAUGAAGAUUCAAGAACCUGCUGAGGCUUUACUGUUCCUUGAGGUUGGAGCUGUAAAGCCUUCAGCAGCACUAGAUGUGAAAAUAAAGACUAAUGGGCUAAAUAAUUUGCCACACCCCAGCAGUGAGUUGCCAGAAGAUUGCGUUUCCACAGCAAAGGAAUGUGUGACUUGACCCUUAAACUAAGGACUUGUCAUCAAUCUUCCUCUGAUGAUGAGCGCACAAAGGAAGGCAUAAAGUUGCUGGAAGGGAGCUACUGAACUUGAUAUGGAUGCACGCAAGGGUGCUUAAGUUUAAUGAAAAAAGAGAAAAGGUUGAGAAGCUUAAAAACCAAAUUUAAAGAAAAUGCAGAACUCUUUGGGAAAUAAACAAUCCUUUGGGUGUUAGCUUUUAGGAUUAUUAUAAAGCAUACACCCAAUAAGGAAUUAUAGUAUAUUGAUAAAAUGUGUAUUCUUGUGACAGAAGUUUACUGCUAAUGACACUUUUCAAGGUUUCUGGAAUGACUGAAUGCCUCGAAUGAAAUGAUCAACAAGAAUAUCUUCUGCAGAGAUUCAAGUCAAACAUAUUUUUUUCUGCAUUACAGGCUAAUUAAUGCCUCUCAAACCUAUGUCUACCCUGAUGUCUGCUGACGAUAUCUUAAGUGGUUGUUAGACAUGAUAUUGUUGACUUGAGCAUUGUUGUAGACAAGUUUUACUCUCUGUAUACAGUUUGAAGAUGCCAGUGGCUUUGCAGUGAAACAAAGGAGAGAGAAAGAACACAACAGUUGUUGGCUGACUUGUAUUUUAGAAAAUGUUUAAUAGCUACAAACUGAAAUAGAGAUAUUUGAAGUAAUUCUAAGCAUACAGAUUAAAAUGUUUGAAACUUACAUGGCCGAGCUGAUACAUGUUUUGGCAUGUAAAUCCCUUCUAUAUUUGACAUUUUGGUCUGAAAGGUUUAAGUAAAGUUGCACCAUUU